GACGUACAACUCAUGCGCCCGUUGCAUGUAAACAGCGACAGUCAAGGCGAAAUGAGGAGCUACUUUUAAUGUGAAUUUCUUCUCUAUAGUGUGUUUACAAAGUAUCCAAGAGUAAAGAUAAUAAAUGAAGUACGUGUUGUACAAUGUAUUCCUGACAAUGUUUGUUUCUUAAUUUUGAAGAAACACAACUACUCCCUUGAUUUCGACUGGAUAUUGCUACCUCGACGACGGUAUUAAAUGACCCAUAGAUCAGGCUGCAGUAGCUACAGUUUUGUGCUAAUCAUAUUUUGCCACCUAAUACAAUGGAAGACUUCUCUGGUUUGGCCCUCCCGCCUCUAUUUGGGGGUCACAUCCUAGAAGCAGAACUAGAGCCAAGCGGUGUGGAGCUGGGACCCGGGGAGGUGGAAUUGGGCCCGGGGGGCAGUGAACUGCUGGAGAGCGCAGCCCCAGAGGACGAAGAGAGAAAAGUUCUUGAUAAGAGGAAAUAUCUGGCGUUGAACAGGCGAUGCAAAGAAAUUGAACAGGUGAAUCACAAGAUCCUCGGCCGCCUUCACCAAGUCCAAAGACUGACACGACGUUUGAAGAAAGAGAGGCGGUUCCUCAUGAAGACCCUGGAUGCUCACGGAGACAACUACAGGAAUGCUCAGCUCACCAUGCUGCUGGAGGAUGAGCCGGGAGUGCCUUUGGACGUCACUGCCGGAGCCAUGGAUGAACGGAUGAAUGGCGUGUCCGGCUCUGCCUCUUCUCUCACUUUUCACCAUUCUUCAGGGCCCAAGAGGAGAAAACACGUGACACCGAAGCAAGAGAAGGACAAAGAUCCACAAAAUGAAGCAGACAUGUCAGCGCUGUCGGACGCGCAGUUUGGAGAAAUGCCCAGCCCAACCUCACUAUCACAUUGACCACUGUAUAUACACAGAAAUUAAUAUCAUAAACAUUAGAAACCACACCAUGUGAACGGAUUCACAGUAAAAUUAGUUAGUGAACAGGUACUGUAUUGUCCCAUACAGAUAUUUUGCGUUGUAUAAUGACAUCCUAUAAUAAUGAUAACACGUCAUGUUUUUUUCCAACUCUUUUUGCAUUACAUUGUUCUGAUGUGACGAUUUUGUAUUACAUUUUUAACGUCUUA